AUGCCAUCUCUACUGGAGUCCUUGGAGUCCUUGCCCUACAUCGACGGAGAUAUUACUGAGGCCGAACGUGCCAGAGCCAAAGCCUUGAUCGCGCAACACCUCCCCUCCGACUAUCGCACCACGCCGCAUCCUGCGCUGCCCCCUCCUGCUCCAGUCCAGUUCUCCGACAUCAUCUCGCAAGAGAUUGCCAGGGUUGGUGCAGGUCAGGCCCGCGAAGGAGGGAUUGACCUGUCGCGGUAUGAAGCGCCUGAUGAACCGGCCAGUGACAGCGGUGAAGAAGCAAAGCGCGAGGCGCUACGGAAUGCAUACGUCUCGAGCACGUUCCUUUCAGGCAGACAUACCAAUCUCAAGCUGCUAGAUCAGUUUGGGAAGAACGCUUGGCUUAUCGGCAAUUCCCAAGCGGAGGAGAUCCUGCAGCAUCUGGAGAAAGAACUCAGCAGGAUCAAGUCUGAGACAGAAUACAUCAACAGAGCGAGAAAGCUGGCGCAGGAACAAGCCAAACCAGAACUCACUGGCCUCGAAGAGACGUGGAAGCGAGGAAUUGGCCAAAUUCUGGAGAUCCAGGUUGCAACUGAUGAGCUACGGCAACUCAUUCUCGAACGACGACGUGUUGCUGCGGCUGCGGCAACGGUCUCUUGA